AUGUCGGAUUCAUCAUCGAAAGGCGAUUCGGUUCAAAUCAGAGAGGUUUGGAACGAUAAUCUCGAAAAGGAAUUCGCGUUGAUCCGUGAAGUUGUUGAUGAUUUCAACUAUGUAGCUAUGGAUACAGAGUUUCCUGGUGUUGUUCUCCGUCCUAUAGGGGUUUUCAAGCACAUCACCGAUUAUAACUACCAGACUUUGAAGGAUAAUGUUGAUAUGUUGAACCUGAUACAGUUAGGUCUCACUUUCUCUGAUGAGAACGGAAACCUACCUACUUGUGGCACUGGGAAUCCUUGCAUCUGGCAGUUUAAUUUCAGCGAAGACAUCGCUGGGAUUGACGGGGAAGAGAUCGCUGGGAUCGACAGGGACCAGUUCGGCACGCUUCUUCUGUCUUCGGGAAUUGUGUUGAAUGAUAACAUAAAAUGGAUUACUUUCUACGGUGGAUAUGGUUUUGGUUAUCUGCUGAAGCUUUUGACUUGCAGAGCUUUGCCCGUUACGCAAUCGGGGUUCUUCCAAUUGAUCAACCUUUAUUUUCCAAUGCUUUAUGAUAUCAAACAUCUGAUGAAAUUCUGUAACGGGAUUCAUGGUGAUUUGAACAAGCUUGCGGAAUUGUUGGAAGUUGAAAGGGUUGGUGUUGACCAUCAAGCUGGAUCCGAUAGUUUUCUUACUGCUGGAGCAUUUAGAAAAUUGAGUGAUACUUUCUUCAAUGGCGAAACGGAGAAGUAUUCUGGUUCUUCAGGAUUAAUCUAUGGGCUUCUGACUUCCUUUGUCAUCAACAAUAGAAAGGGAAAUAAAAAACCGAUUCGAAAAGUAGAACAUUCAAAAUCUUUCUAUUGGACUACAAUUUUGAAGAAAGACGACAAAAUUUGUGAGAUCCUAUCACUGCUUCAGACUGGAACAUUUGAAAUAAGAUCGUUAUCAGAUUUGGAACUGGUGACAAAAAGCUCUCUAUUAUCGAUUUUAAGGUGGAAUUAUAAAGUGAACAUGGAUAAAACCAUGUGUUCUGAUGAUAAUGGACAGAUUGUACUGGCUAAUGGUUCUGAAUCGGCAUUCAUCUCAUUACUAGCCAGCGAAAACAUUUUCAGGGCAUUGCAGCUGGAGACACUGGAGAUUGUGGUAAAUGGGACAAUCGGUUUGCUCCAUCCUGCUAGCAAGGAAAAGAAGAAUCCUACCUAUAUUGUUGUGUCGAUUUUACAAUCUUGUGCAAGUCGUCAAGAUUUGAAAAAGCUCUUUGAAGCCUGGUAUGAGAAAAGACAAAUGAGGAAAAUCUAUUCACCACUUCUGAAAGGACUAUUGGCUCUCUACCUCGGUUUCGAGUGGAUCCAAACAAGUAAUAUUGCUUUAGGUCUUCAGCUCGAAGAGCAAAAGCUUCAACCUCACUCAGGGCUUUAA